UGAACGUCAGCGCAGGAGCGGGCGGAAGGCCUGUCCUGGCGGACUGGGGAGCGUCCAGGCGUUCUCCUGUACCUGGUUCCCCGCCAGCUGAGAGGCGUUAGCGGUUGUCAAAAUGUUGCGCGUGGUGAGCUGGAACAUUAAUGGGAUCCGGAGCCCUCGGCAAGGGGUGGCAGACGAGGAGCCCAACAACUGUACCGCCAUGGCAAUGGCGCGCAUUUUGGACAAGCUAGAUGCUGACAUCGUCUGUCUUCAGGAAACCAAAGUGACCAGGGAUGUGCUGACAGAGCCCCUAGCUAUCAUUGAAGGCUAUAACUCUUAUUUCAGCUUCAGCCGCAACCGGAGUGGCUAUUCUGGUGUGGCCACCUUCUGUAAGGACAGCGCUAUGCCAGUGGCUGCUGAAGAAGGCCUUAGUGGCCUACUUGCCACUCAGAAUGGGGAUGUGGGUUGCUAUGGAAACAUGGAUGAGUUCACCCAAGAGGAGCUUCGGGCUCUGGAUAAUGAGGGCCGGGCCCUGCUUACACAGCAUAAGAUCUGUACACGAGAAGGGAAGGAGAAGAUCUUGACCCUAAUCAACGUGUACUGCCCCCACGUCGAUCCUGGGAAGCCUGAGCGGCUGGCCUUUAAGAUGCGCUUCUAUCGCUUGCUGCAGAUCCGAGCAGAAGCCCUCCUGGCAGCUGGCAGCCAUGUGAUCAUUCUGGGUGACCUGAACACGGCCCACCACCGCAUCGACCACUGGGAUGCAGUCAACAUGGAAAACUUUGAAGAGGACCCAGGACGCAAAUGGAUGGAUGGCUUGCUCAGUAACGUGGAUUGCCAGGCUGGGUACCACGUAGGGGCCUUUAUUGAUAGCUACCGCUACUUCCACCCAAAGCAGGAAGGGGCCUUCACCUGCUGGUCCACACUCACUGGUGCCCGCCGUCUGAACUAUGGUUCCCGUAUUGACUAUGUGCUGGGGGAUAGGACCCUGGUCAUAGAUACCUUCCAGGCCUCUUUCCUGCUGCCUGAGGUGAUGGGCUCUGACCAUUGCCCUGUGGGUGCAGUCUUGAGCGUAUCCUCUGUGCCAGCGAAACAGUGUCCAUCUCUUUGCACCCGCUUCCUCCCCGAGUUUUCAGGCACCCAGCUCAAGAUCCUUCACUUUCUAGUUCAUCUCAAACAAGAUUCUGUGUGCAAGCAGUCAACACAGCAGCUUAGCAAUCAAACCCAAGUACAGAUGCGCCAAAACAAAGCCCGCAUUCGCUCAGCCAGGCCUCGGGCAAGUCAGGCUGGCUCCAUCAGAGGCCAAAAGAAACUGAUAAGCUACUUCCAGCCAUCUUCCAGCCAUCCCCAAGCUUCUCCUAAUUUGGAGCUUCCUAGCCUGGGCACCCUUGUGACCCCAAAGACCCCAGAAGACAAGGUGAUGGCCAAAGUGGUGGAGGGGCAGGCCAAGGUUUCAAAGUCCAAGGAUGAGAAGGAGGUACAGAUCUCAUUCUGGAAGUCUGUGCUAGGGGGCCCCUUGCCCACACCCCUCUGUGGGGGUCAUAGGGAGCCAUGUGUGAUGCGAACUGUGAAGAAGCCAGGACCCAACUUGGGCCGCCAGUUCUACAUGUGCUCCAGGCCCCAGGGUCCUUCCACUGACCCUUCUUCCCGCUGCAACUUUUUCCUCUGGGGCAGGCCCAGCUGAACCAGCCCAGGCCUAGGGAUUGUGGCUUGGUCAACCCUGGGCAUGAUCUGAGGUUAGCACCUUCCUAAGCUGUCACCUCUUCCCCUCUCCCUCCUCCCCCUUCACCUUCCUCAAGGAUCCUUCUGUGUCUCUUCCUCUAAGUCCCCUCUUCCUGCCUGUCUCCUCAUUGGUGCACUUCUUGUGCCUUAAUGGUGCUACGUAGGCCUCCACCCUGCUUCCCACCUUCCUGUAAGAAGUACACAGAAACCACUUGCCCCAGGACAUUUUAAAACCCUUUCCUUCCUUGCUGGGAAAUGUAUGUGUGGCUAAAUAAAGCCUUUGUCUGUGUUUUAGUGCACCA